AACAAGUUGACAAAUCUAACAAUUUCUAUUUUCUCAGUUCUUUCUUUUCUUACCUAUUUGAUAAUUCAUUUUGUUGUUUGUAUUAUUGUUUAGCAGACAAAAGAACAACAAACUUACAAAAUGGGGAAAGGAUUUAAUAAUUACAUGUGCAAGAAGUUUUUCCAUCCAGCGUCAAGAGAUAAUUUAAAAAGGGUAUGGAUGGCCGAACAGAAAACUGAAGCUUAUAAGAAAAAACAGGAAGAAUUGAGAGUACAAUAUGAAAAGGAGCAAGAAUUACAUGAAAAUAAAGCGUUGCUAAGUAAAGAUAGUAAAGACAAACUGAGCUUAAAUUUCAUGUAUGAACCUCCACCUGGAGUUAAAAAAGAGCGGGAACGAGAAGACAAUGAACCGGAGUAUAAAUUUGAAUGGCAACGCAAGUACAAUGCACCUAGAGAAAGCUAUUGUAAAGGUGACAAUGAAAUUAGAGAUCAACCAUUUGGAAUUUUGGUCAGAAAUGUAAGAUGCAUUAAAUGUCACAAAUGGGGUCAUAUAAACACAGAUAAAGAAUGUUCAAUGUAUUCUCUGUCGAUGAGCGAGGCAAGAGCUCUGCAAGCUUCAGCUUCAGUGCCUGAGGAAGAGGAGGAGAAACCUGAUGUGCCCACAUUGAUGCAACAAAUGAGAGAUACAGGCCUUGUAAUGAAAGCUGGAGCUAUGCCUCUUGCUGCAAAUAGGAUUGUUGAUAAUGACUCGUCACUUACUGAAUCAGAUCUCUUAAGUCAACUGACAAAGAAGCAGAAAAAGAAGCUAUUAAAGAAACUGGAGAAACUUGAAAAGAAGAAGGAGAAAAAGCAUAAGCAUAAAUCUUCUAAUAAGCAUUAAAAUGAAAUGUAAUAAAUUAACAUAAAAAACAAGCUGUUAUUUAUUAUGUUUAGUAAAGUAAAUAGAAUUGAGUAUAUAAGAUAUAAUAGCAUUAGCAAUAAAAGUACAGUUAAAACCGUUUAUGGCGACAUCGUUUAGAACAACCUAUCGGUUAUAAUGACCAAAAUCAAACGUCCCGGCUGAAUGCUAUAUAACUGUCUUAUAAAAAUAUUGCUUUUUACGAGACUGCUUACUACGACAUACUGCAUAAGACGACCACAUUUGGCUAAUGUUUUCGAAAAAUUAUAUCUGUAGAACAACCAGCUGAUCAGUAUUGUAAACAAUUUGAAUAGACACAGUGUAAUUUUAAUGUUAAUCAGUCAAUGGCUAUUAUCGUAAAAGUAAACACGUGUCGAGUUUAGGCACAAAUUAAAGGUUUAGGGUCUUUUGUAAUUCUUAGAAACAAAAGACACGCAUUUGUACACAAAACGCACCAAAACACAGUGUUGAGUUAAUUGUGAAACUGUCAACAUGUUGGGAGCAAAAAGAAAGCAGAUUAAUAUCGAAGAAAGGUCGCGUAUUAUUUCAAAGUUAGAGAGCGAUAUUAAUUUUAAUAAGCGUUUUGAUUGAAAUAAACGAAAUAUAAUUUAAUUUUAUACAUUAAUAUAUUUUUCCUAUUAAUACCUAUAACCUACACAUUAAAUAAUACCACUUCUUUAAAAAGUAAGCAAAACCGGUUGUUACGACUAAAUAUGAGUAGUCCCUUCAAUGUCGUUAUAACAGAUUUUGACUGUAUGUGCAAAAUUUUCACUGAAACAAUUGAAUGAAACUGGUUCAAAAUAGAGUGGCAAAUUUGAACCACAUAAACAAAUUAACC